AUGCGAUGGCUCUGGUUUACCUUAGGCUUAUGUGCAGUGCCGGCCUUCGCUACGCAAAGAGCGUUCCAAUAUGGGGUGCACGAGUUCCAUAACCUGGUGGACUUGCUCCCUUCGCACCCAGAGCUGUCCACAUUUACGCAUCUGCUUCAGCGCACGCGUCUAAUCCCGUCGCUGAAUCGAAUGCAAGAAAUGGACUUGGAUGGGCAAGGUAUGACAAUAUUUGCACCAUCCAACCAGGCUUUCGAAGAGGCUUCCAAAUCAAUGGAAUGGCUAGAAUUUUUAACUAACUCGUCCACUCUCCCAGACAAUAUCCAUGCCAAGCUACGUCAACAUCUUUGGUACCACAUUCUCAAUUAUACCCUGCCAGAAGAAGGCCCUUCUAAGGAGUUUGUGGAAACAAUGCACUUGCCAUCACGAAAACGCCUUUUUGAACCGACUCGUCCCGGUACUGUACCCCAGAAUCCUCCAAAUCCAGGUGCGGAAGACGACGGUCAGCUGCUACGUGGUCAUGGUCAGCUUGUACGCAUUGAACGCUCGAAGUCAGGGUCUCUCACAAAAAUCGGUAUCAAUCAUGAUGGAAGUCAAGGUGCUACCAUCCUUUCCUCCGACAUGCGCUCGUCCCGGGGCGUGUUAUAUAUUAUCGACAAAGUGUUGGAUCUUCCUCCCACUCUAAAUGAUUUUUUGACGAAACAGAACAUUUCAACUCUUUUCCGUCAUUUUCCAGAUGAAUUGUUGGCAUCAUUAUCGACCACCCCUCAUUUAACCAUGUUCCUACCUACCGAUCGCGCUUGGAACAAGCUGAGUGAACUGGAACGAAAUUAUCUUCUAAGUGCGUCGCCGCAAGCAGAAGACGAUCGAAUGCGGGUAUUUGGAUGGCAUGUGUCAAGUCAAGGUCUUGGUCAUGGCUAUGUUGCUUAUGCCUCGGAUCUAAGGAAAGCAGGCUCUGUCCCUAUGACAUCUAUUCUAGGCGGUGUUGUCAAUGUUACGUUGAAGAAAAACCAGUCAUUGUAUUAUGGCCAUGCACGUGUUAUUUAUGAAGAUAUUUUAACAGAAAACGGUGUGGUGCAUAUCAUUGAUGGUAUGCACUUGCCUUUUGGAGAUUUGGGCAUGUCUGUCGAAAAAUACCUAUUAGGGCUUCAGGCUGAUCGGUUUGUGAGCCUUAUGCACAGCGCUGGACUGGAAUUAUAUAUUACACAGGAUCCACAUGAGCCUCCUCCUCCUGGUGCUCCCAAAGGUCCCUUCACGUUCUUGAUUCCACCGAGUGAAGAGCUUGACAAAUGGUACCUCUCUUCUACAUUUUUACCUUCUUCAUCUUCGUCUGACAUGGACAUUCAAGAGAUACGUGAAAUAUUAAAGUAUCACAUUCUACCGGGGAAUUACUCAAAAGACGCAGUAGCCUCCUCUAUGGUGGCCACAGAACUUCACCCGCCCGGUCUAAGUGGCGCACCUCAGCGACUUGGAAUUACUGUAAAGAACAGUAACAUUACCUUUGGUACUGUUCCAUCGCUUCGCGGUCCCAUUCCCGCAGGUAACUCGACGGUGUACUUAUUGGGCGACGUGAUUCGCGUGCCAAAUGACCCAGUCUACACUGCGGCUUACCAUGCAUUCCCAACGUUUGUACGUGCUUUGUCCAAAGCGAAUUUGGAAAAAGAGACUCGCCAUGCUCCAUUGCGAACACAUUUAGCUCCCAGUGAGGCAGCAUUUACAGCCACUGGUUUAGUGGCUAAAUACUUGUUUAAUACCCAUUCGGAUGACUUGGCUAACGUUUUAUCAUAUCAUUCGAUUCCAGGGUUAUGGUAUAGCGAUACGAUUCCCAAAAAUUGGACGUCGCUUAAAACUGACGAAGGCUCCUUUUUGUCUUUAUGUCGUGAUAACUCUGGCAUUCAUAUCAAGUCUGACUCCGUUAAUAUCACGCACCAUCUCACCAAUAUCGAUACAUUGACCGAUACUGGUGUGCUUCAUGGGACAAGUCACUUGCACCUCCCAGCUUCUGUGCCUAUUACCAUGAACAAGCUAGCCCAGGGUACCUCAGCCAAGCAGAUGAUUACAUUGCUUAAUCGUACAGGCUUUGACUGGGUGUGGAAUGAUACACUUACCUUGGAUGGCUUUGGGAAUUGUGGAAAGCAAAGAUUGAUUCUGUUGCUACCUGAAGAUUCAGCCUUUGCUAAAAUUAAUAUGACAUGGUAUGAACAAAAUCCAAAUCAGCUGAAGGCGCUAGUAGCCCUUCACAUUCUUCUUGUGGAUGACUGUAAGCCAUUACCGCACAUGUCACUGGAUCUUCCCCUAGCGCUGACCGAUGAAAUGGAACAUAUUUCCAUGCUGGACAAGCGUAGUGGGGGCUCGAGUCGAUAUGGGUCCCUGGCCGUCCGAAAAACAGCCGUGUCGGAGAAAAACCCACUAGGUUUGAUUAUCGGCAUCAAAGGCGCAAGAGCUCGACUUGGCAUGCAACAUGCAGCACAAAUUGUGGACUUUGGGCGUACGAAUCGGCCUACUACCCACUCACAAGUCCUGAGCGGAGGCAUUUUGUCCUUGGACACGGUACUUGAACCCUAUGAGUCAGAUUGGUUACAACGUUCCGUAUUAUAUUGGCAACUUGGCUUGGUCGCUGUACUCUUGUUUUUGGGUAUGGGCAUCUAUUAUCUCCGGCAAUGGCGCGCAGCAUACACACGCGUUCUUGCAGAGCCAUUGGAGGGCGAAGAGGAGUGA